GCUGACGUCAUUGGCGUUUUACGGCAUCAGUCCGCGCCCUUGUUGGGAGCCGCUCCAUCCCGUCCGCGGCGGCCAUGUAGGACAUAGAACUGAUGACGGUCUUCUCUCACCCGUGAUUUGCCACAUCUGGGCGAGUGCUUCAGUCACUUGCUGCCCGAGGGAAUGGCCAGCAUCACCCAGCUGUUUAAUGAGCUGUGUGAGGCUCACCUGGGGCACGUGCGUUGGAAGGCCCACCGUGGCAGGCAUGGUGCCAGCCUGCGGAGGGCCAAGCAGGGCCUAAAAAGGGUGGUCUAUGAUGCCCUUUUUGUGGACCUCUUCCAGGAUGAGGGCCACAAGCCACCAUCAGCUGGGUCCCAGCUUCCUGUGAAGAACAAAAUCCUCAUGUUGUCCUUCAACUUGCGGGUUGGGGGCCUGGGGCCUGAUGCUGACAGGCUGGAGGAACUAGUGGAGGGCUUGGAGGCGGCCCCUGCCCUUGGCCUGCCUCUGGCUGACAUCAGGGCUGUGCUGGACCUGUUGGUCCACCUGGCGGGGAGCGGCCCGCCGCUGCUCCUCCCUCCGAAGAGAGACUAUUUCCUGAAUAACAAGCACGUGGGCAGGAACGUCAAGCAUCAGGGCUACGAUUAUUACGAUGUAAGCGUGUUUGAGGCCGACGCGCGCUUCCUGAUCGCCAGCCAAGAGCAGCAAUGCCGCGACGUGAUUCAGAAGACGCUGCAAGUGAUGGAGGCUGCGCCGGGCACCGGCCUGCCCUCCAUCGGGCUGUUCGCCCAGAACUACCCCGGCGUGGACAGGUUCGAGAGAGAGACCCAUGGCUCUCUCUUCGGGGCCCUGGUGCACAGCCGCACCUACGACAUGGACAUCAAGCUGGACCUGCCUCCCGUCCCCGACAACGCCGACUUGUCCGGCAUCGCCAUCCAAGUUCCUCAGAGCAUCGAUCAGUCGGAAGAUGAAGGGUUCCAGUCAGCAUCGAAUCUGACUCCAGAUUCCCAGUCAGAGCCCAGCAUGACCCCAGACAUCGACCUCUGGGAUGCUGCGCUUAAUUACGAGCCCAGCAAACGCAGGUGUUGGGAGAGAAUUGGCUGUCCACCUGGGAAUAAAGAAGAGCCAUACCUCACGGAGGCUGGGAGGGAGGCCUUCGACAUGUUUUACCGCCUCCGGGAAGGGGAGCUGCAGCUUCUGCACAGCAGUCUGCUCCAGCUGCCGCCCCUGUUCCUGAUGAAGGAGAAGGAACUGGUCAAAGACGUCCUGAACGUCCUCAUCGGGGUGGUGUCGGCCACCUUUUCCCUCAGUCAGGCCAGCCAGGCAUUCGAGGUGAAGCAGGGCGUCUACGUGUCGGGAACGUCUCCGCAGAACAUGAGCAGCCUCUUGUCUGAGGUCGCCGAGUAUGGCACACACUACACCCGCCUCAGCCGCUUCUCCUUGCAGCCUGUCCUGGAUUCUUCCUAUAGCAAGGGCCUCGUGUUCCAGGCUUUUACAAGUGGCCUACGGAAGUACCUGCAGUAUUACCGAGCCUGUGUUCUCUCCACGCCACCCACCUUGAGCCUGCUGACCAUCAGCUUUCUCUUCAAGAAACUGGGGCGCCAGUUAAGGUAUUUGGCCGAGCUCUGUGGCGUGGGCACUGCAGUUCCCGGGCUCAGCGAGGGUGGGGCUAAGCCCUCCUUCCCGACCGGCGUGAAGCUGCUGUCCUACCUGUACCAGGAAGCCCUGGAUAACUGCAGCAAUGAACAUUAUCCCGUCCUGCUGUCGCUGCUGAAGGCCAGCUGCGAGCCCUACACCAGGUUUAUCCACGACUGGGUGUACAGUGGCGUGUUCCGUGACGUCUAUGGCGAGUUCAUGAUCCAAGUAAAUGAGGAAUAUCUCAGCUGCCGAGAUAAGUUUUACUGGACGCACGGCUACGUGCUCAUUUCCAAGGAGGUGGAGGACUGCGUCCCUGUGUUCCUGAAGCACGUCGCCAAUGACGUCUAUGUCUGUGGCAAGACCAUCAACCUGCUGAAGCUGUGCUGUCCUCAGCAUUACAUCUGUUGGUCCGACAUCCCCGUGCCCCGGAUCUCGGUCAUCUUCUCCUUGGAGGAGCUGAAGGAGAUUGAGAAGGACUGUGCCGUGUAUGUGGGGCGCAUGGAGAGGCUGGCCCGCCACAGUGCUGUGAGCAAGGAGGAGAAGAAAUUGCGGAUGGAGAUUGCCAAGCAAGAAUUAAUUGUGCAUGCCCGGGACACGGCCUCCCGAGUGCUGAAGGCCUUGAAUGAGCGACACGUGUCUGAAAGGAUGGCCUUGGAUGCCAAGAAACGAGAGCAGUUCCAGAAAUUGAAAGAGCAGUUUCUGAAGGAUCAGGAGCGUCGCCUGGCAGCCAAGCAAGAGGAGAUUGAUGAUGACUUCAGCUACGCCCGUGAGCUGCGUGAGAGAGAGAAGAGACUGAAAGCGCUGGAGGAGGAACUGGAACGGAAGGCAAGGCAGGACCUAAUUGACCACUACAGCAAGUUGUCGGAGGAGGCCGCUCGCCGCGAGCAGCGGGCUCUCUGGAAGAUCCGGAGGCACAAGCUGGAGACGGCCCGGCUGAACUUUUUCUUGGAAGACCAGAAACGCAUCCAGGAGAUGCUUCAGAACGUCUCUGAAGGAAAGUACAGGGAAAAGCUUGACAUCCUCCCCGGUGUCCGUCCUCCCAGUCACGUGGAUGCCUCUGGAGGAGAGCCCGGGGUCCAGGCUGGGCAGUGCUCAGAGAACAUUGGCGAGGGUACGCAGGGGCCACCGCCCUCAGUGGGCACCUGGACAGCAGAACAGAUGGAGUCUGAGAAGGAGGGCCCAGAGGAGGUGGGCCCAGAGAAAGUGGGCCCGGAGGAGGUGGGCCCGGAGAAGGCGGGUCCGGAGAAGGUGGGCCUGGAGAAAGUGGGCCCGGAGGAGGUGGGCCCGGAGAAGGUGGGCCCAGAUGACCGCACUCUGGAGCCCAAGCUGCCAGGCUCCAGCCUGGACAUGGACGAUUUUCUGCCCAAGCCCCUCCCAGAGCAGCUGCCCGCUGCCUCGGGCUCCCCGGCCCUGCUGGAAGCAGCGCUGCAGACCAUCUCCUUGGACUUGCCCCCUGCAGCUCCCAGCGGGGUGGCGGAGCAGGAGGACGGCCCACAGCAGCUCUAUGACUUCAACACUAUCCUCCGCUCCGCGGCCACGGCCGAGGCCCACGCAGACAGAGCACCCCCGGCACCCGGGGACACGCGCCACCGACCCCGCUGGAACCUCCACGGUCACGCCUCAGACUCCAGCAUCCAACUGGGAGAGUCGGUCCCGGAGCCGCCGGUCCCCCCCACCACGAGGGCCAGGUGGAAUGUCCACGGCCACGUCUCCACCUCCCACAUCAAGAUGGGCGAGUACACUGCUGAUGUGGAGGCGGCCCCACCCCGAGGGAGCGUCCACGGCCACGUGUCGGACAGCAGCAUCCCCCUGGGGGCCUACGUGUCAGAGGUGGUCUCUGCUCGGCCCCGCUGGAACCUCCACGGCCACGCCUCUCAGUCCCACCUAAAGUUGGGCGACCUCACCCUGGAGGCCGAGGGCCCCCGGCCACAGGGCAGCGCCUUUGGCCACGUCUCAAAGUCCAGUCUUCAGCUGGGCCAGCGGGAGUCCCCCCCUUCUCCCAAGCCCCUGCCCAGGCAGACGGUCCCCGCUGCCGCCACCUCCACCAUGCAGUGGUUCCUGUACAACAGGGAGCUGGGCUGCCCGGUCCCAGACCAGCCUCCGCAGGGGGGCGAAGUGCCCCGGACCUCGGCCUCGGCUGCCGAAGCCGGUGACCCAGGACAGGAGCUCGUCCCACAGACGGCAGGGGAAGCUGAGGAGAGGCCGGCCAUCGAGGCAGGGGAGAGGCCGGCCGUCAAGGCAGGGGAGAGGCCGGCUGUCGAUUCAGACGUAACGAGCGACGAGAGUGAGGAUGUCUCCCCAAAUCAGCCUCCUGGACCACAGAAAGAAGCAGAAGCCCCGACCAUGGCCGCCAGCCCCGAGGAGGCGAAGGAUGGGGCCAAAGGCUGUGCCUGGGAGCAGGCCUACCUGAAAGCCUUGUCUGACCAGUACUGCCUCGAGAAGUACCAGGACAGCUACAGCCUGAUGUCGGAGCCUCCAGUGUCCCACCUGCUGCGCCACAUCAUUCCCAGACCCUUCUCCUUCCCCAUGGAUCCCCGAGGGCCCACGGCGACGGACGAGACCUCGGUUCAGCUGAGUGAGCUCCUGACCCUCCCCGUGCUCAUGAAGCACUCCAUCACGGCGCCGCUGGUUUCUCACGUGUCCCUGGUGAACAAGGCCGUGGUCGAUUACUUCUUUGUGGAGCUCAGCCUAGAAAAGCACUUCGAGGCCCUGAGGCACUUUCUACUCAUGGAGGACGGCGAGUUUGCUCAGUCUCUCAGUGACCUGCUCUUUGAGAAGCUGGGCUCUGGGCAGACCCCCGGGGAGUUCCUGAACCCUCUGGUGCUCAACUCCUUCCUCACCAAAGCCCUGCAGUACAGCCUGCACGGGGACACCAAGCUUGCUGCCAACCUUUCCUUUGCCCUUAAGUACCUGCCAGAAGUGUUCACCGCCAACGCACCCGACGCCCUGAGCUGCCUCGAGCUGAGGUACAAGGUUGACUGGCCCCUCAACAUCGUCAUCACGGAAAGCUGCCUGAAUAAAUACAACAAGAUCUUCUCCUUCCUGCUGCAGCUGAAGCACAUGAUGUGGACCCUGAAAGACGUGUGCUUCCACCUGAAGCGCACAGCGUUGGUGAACCACGCGUCUGGUUCGGUCCAGUUCCGCCAGCUCCAGCUUUUUAAACACGAGAUGCAGCAUUUUGUGAAGGUGAUCCAGGGCUACAUCGCCAACCAGAUCCUGCAUGUCACGUGGCGCGAGUUUGGGAACAAGCUGUCCUCUGUGAGCAACCUGGAGGAGAUUCACCGCACUCACGCCGAGUACCUCAACAAAGCCAUCUUCAGGGGGCUGCUGACAGAGAAGGCUGCCCCCGUCAUGAACGUCAUCCACAGCAUCUUUAGCCUCAUCCUUAAGUUCCGCACUCAGCUCAUCUCCCAGGCCUGGACCUAUGAUGGCGGCCAGCAGGUGGCCGUGCACCCCAACUUUGCCCUCAUGCAGCAGUCCUACAGCACCUUCAAGUACUACUCUCACUUUCUUUUCAAAGUGGUCACCAAGCUGGUGAACCGAGGCUACCAGCCCCAUCUUGAAGACUUUCUCCUGAGAAUUAACUUCAACAACUACUACAGAGACACAUGAGCCCCAGGCAAGAAGUGCUGUAUAAUAGAAUUCACUUUCUUCUCUGUAAAUAGCCACUUAAUAAAGGCUCCGGCACCCCUGUGGGGCUGUCCCGGGCAGCUCCCCACCCCGGCCAGGUCGGGGGGCAGUCA